AUGACGGUGCGUGAAGGACUACCCCGGGUACCAUAUGCCACUGCGCUUGAUAUUUUCCUUAACGUCUGCCUUGUUUACAACCUUUCUGCCCUCAUCGAGUACGCAGGCGUAAAUUACUUUACCAAAACUGGACCCGGGGACCCACCCGGGAACGAAGAAGACGAGUAUGUUCAUAUCUAUCUAUCUAUCUAUCUAUCUAUCUAUCUAUAUAUCUAUCAGUUUCUAUUCAUAUCAUUAUCUGUAGUUCAGUAUGUUCAUAUCUAUCUAUCUAUCUAUCUAUCUAUCUAUCAGUUUCUCUUUAUAUCACUAUCUGUAGUUAAGUCUGUUCAUUAUCUAUCUAUCUAUCUAUCUAUCUAUCUAUCAUCUAUCUAUCAGUUAAUUCUAUCUUCAUAUCACAGUUUAUCUGUCAGUUCAGUUAAGUCUGUUCAUUAUCUAUCUAUCUAUCUAUCUAUCUAUCUAUCUAUCAUCUGUUCCUUAUCUAUCUAUCUAUCUAUCUAUCUAUCUAUCUAUCAGUUUCCCUUUAUAUCACUAUCUGUAGUUAAGUCUGUUCAUUAUCUAUCUAUCUAUCUAUCUAUCUAUCUAUCUAUCUAUCAGUUUCCCUUUAUAUCGCUAUCUGUAGUUAAGUCUGUUCAUUAUCUAUCUAUCUAUCUAUCUAUCUAUCAGUUUCCCUUUAUAUCACUAUCUGUAGUUAAGUCUGUUCAUUAUCUAUCUAUCUAUCUAUCUAUCUAUCUAUCUAUCUAUCUGUCACUUUCUCUUCAUAUCAAUAUCUGUAGUUCAGUCUUUUCAUAUCUAUCUAUCUAG